AUGAGGGAGAGCGCACGUCGUCGUCUGCGUAUCAUCAUCGUCUCGUUGCUGCUUCUGCUCUUCCGCUCGAGGCGAGGGAUUUCGACGACGGACGAUCUGGUCGGCGGGAAGUUGUCUGGGAUCAUCAUACCGGGGUUCGCAUCGACUCAGCUGCGGGCGUGGUCCGUGCUCGACUGUCCAUACUCACCCCUCGACUUUAACCCCCUCGACCUGGUCUGGCUGGACACGACUAAGGUUUGGUUCUGCUCUUCUCCUUCUAUUUGCCGAGGUACGAACACAUCUACUUGUCGCGAUGUUGAUGAUUUUAUAUAGAACGCUUCUCUUGUUGUAGGUCCCCCGGGUGACCAAGGCGCUCCGUAUAUUAUAUACUUUCUAACUCUUAGAGAAGAUAGUCGAACCGUGUUUCAAUUAAGGGAAAACUAUGCGGCAGAAGAGUUCCGUCAUUAGUUCGUCAAGUUUAUUUCGAUGAAUUUACUUUAGAAGACAUUCUCCGAACCUGCAGUGAUUUUAGUAAGAAAAUCAAGCAGUUGAUCAUCCGUCUAGCAGAUGAAGGAUUUUGGGGUGAUCUAUUGGGUGGAUGGGAUAAAUGUAUCGUCUCCAAUACAGAGAGGCAUAGUGGUCUUAGUGAAAAAAUGCAUACAUAAGGGUUUUUCUGAAUCCAGGUUGGAGAUAACGGAGAUUGCAUAUUAAUUACUUAGUAUUCUUGUUGGAUUUGUUGCUGAAUGAUGUGGUCCGAUUUGUGUUUCUAAACUAUAGAAAAGUAAGACUGUUGGAAUAUCAUCAUAUUUUUUGCCUUAUGCAGCUUCUUUCAGCAGUGAACUGUUGGCUCAAAUGUAUGGUUCUGGACCCUUACAAUCAAACAGAUCAUCCUGAGUGUAGAUCGCGGCCAGAUGGUGGGCUUUCUGCCAUUACAGAACUAGAUCCAGGGUACAUAACAGGUAGACUUUUCCACUCAUCUCAGCUCGCCAAUGAUGGAGAGUAUUUUAUGCUUGGCCCACGAUUAGUUAAAUAGAAUAUGGUUGUGCCAUUUUUUCUUAGCUAAUGAGGUGAAAAAGAAAAAAAUAUAUCUCUUCCUUGUUUGAAAAAUUAUAUUUUUAUUUCAAUACAUCUUGUGCUCAUCUGUUUUCAAUGAUAUUCUUCAUAGUUACUGAAUAACUUCUGAUAUGCACGUUGCGUGCUUUAAAAUGUCAUGAAUGCUUGGUUCCUUUUUCUAAAGGAUAAGAAUUGUUGUGUGAACCAAACUACAUUAGCGUCAGUAUUUUUUCAUUUUUGCCUUUUUCCUAGGAUUGUCUUUUUCAAAAGACCGCACUUCUAAUGGAAUAAUACGAAGCUAUAAUAAAUUUGCUGCAAGUUCCUUGAGAUCUGACUCCAUAGAAAAUUAUUACGAGGUAAUAACUAUCUCUUUUUUCGUAAUCAAAUAUUCCAUAAACUCGUGUGGCCAUAAAUAUUUAGCACGACCUUCCAGAUUUAUCUGUUUUGCCUUUUUCCGUUGUUUUCGUUUCCACAUGGAAGAUAGUGUUCUGGUAUUUGUUGGUGACAUUAUUUGUGGAAACCAGUUUGUGAUGGGUUGGAUUAGGCAUUUUCCUCUGGAAAAUUUCUGAAACCAACGGAACAGGUGGAAUUGAUUUUUCCCUUUGACCAUUUUAUUUUUUUUCUGAUUACAGGUCCACUUUCAUCUGUUUGGAAAGAAUGGGUUAAAUGGUGCAUUGAAUUUGGCAUUGAAGCAAAUGCAAUUAUUGCGGUCCCAUAUGACUGGAGAUUGUCUGCAUCUAUGCUUGAAGAAAGAGACCUCUACUUUCACAAGCUUAAGUAUGCAUUCUGCUUUUUAUCUAUUGUUUUCCUCGUCAUUUGUGCGUUGUUAUCUCGUCUUUUUUUACACAACUUGCAAGGUACAUCCAACACAAUACAUGGUCGAUGGCUACUAAAGCCAACGAAAACCUCCUUUUUUCACUUUUCCAUCUGCUGGUGUUAAUGCGAUAUAUCAGUAAUUCAAUCGAGUUUAUUAAUCUGAUACACCGAUCAUAUUCUCAUAAAAAGGUCAGAAAUAUGUUUUCCUAUUUUUCAUGACUUUAAGAUUACCUCGGAAUAUGUUCAUUGGGAGAUUUCUUGCUAUUAAUUCUACUCACCGUCGCAACACUGUAUCCAGCCCAGAAUUAUCAACAUAUUGACUGUCGCUUAAGAAAUAUAUUCGCAAGAUAGUGUCAAUAACUAUGUGAAAGUUUCUUGUAUAAAAGGUUAUGGAGAUCAAUCUCAACUUUUUGUGUAAUGGGUUCUAUUUGCUAAAUCUCUGAUAAGCUUAAGAUAAGUUUACUCUAUUCAGCUGUUGAAAUCGAGUAUACUUUUAUUGCAUUAGUGCAGAUUGACAUUUGAAACCGUUCUUAAGCUUCGUGGAGGCCCUUCCUUGGUCUUUGCACAUUCUAUGGGAAAUAAUGUCUUCCGGUACUUCUUGGAGUGGUUGAAGUUGGAAAUUGCACCAAAGCAUUAUAUCCAGUGGCUUGAUGAUCAUAUACAUGCAUAUUUUGCUGUUGGUAUGCUUUAUUUUCAUUUUAAUCUUCUUUCUCCUUUGACCUCGUGAGCUUUCAGAGGGAUAUUUAUCAUCAUAUGAUUUUUGCAUAAUUGAAUUUUCAGGAGCCCCCCUUCUUGGUGCUACUGAAUCUGUCAAAGCAAUCCUUUCUGGAUUCACAUUUGGUCUUCCAGUUUCAGAGGUUUCUUUCUCCUCUGUCUGUCUGUCUCGUCUCUCUCGCUCUCUCUCUCUCUCACACACACACACUCACUCACGCGCGCACACACACGCACAGUAUGCUGAUGAUUCUUUCUUGUCCGUUUAGUGCAGUGAUAUUUAUUUUUCUUUUGUUAAAUCGUAUGUCUCUAUAUUUUAUGUAAAAAUAUGGUGACGCCUAAAUAUAUGACGUAAUGAUCUAACAUUAAUAAUGGGAACGAAGCUUGACUUACAAGUUGGAGGUGAAUUCUGUGAGUCAGCAAGCCAAUGGUUAAGUCAGACCUGACAGCGUAUGAUUGCAGGUGACUGUCUCAUUCCUUCUGAUAUUACCCGACUUGCAUGCGAUUCGGCCAUCACUCAGCACUGUCGCAAUUGCGACUCUGGCUGACUUGAUGCCAAUGUAGGUCAACUUUCCCGGGCUGUAGUACAGAGGUUCACUUUUGUACCAGUUUCGCUCAUAUGACUCGAUACAGACAAGUCCAACUCAUUUUACAACAAUACAAGUUAUGGCCGACCUUGGAAAGUAUGUUCUAGACGCCAGAGGAAAUUAUUGUAAAUUUAAGUGCCUUAAUAUAAUGCGAUAAUUCUAGGAGUCACUGAGACAGAUUUCUGAUUCCUCACAGUAACUUGAUAAAUUAAAGAACGGCAUGUGGCUGAGUCCUAAAAGUAGCUUUUGUCUCCCGCCACUGUGUUAUUCUGAAAGUUUUUAUUAGGAUAGAGUGUUUUUCAUGGCAUUGGUGUGCGGAUAGAGCCGUUGCAAUGAUCCAUGAUACCUAAUUGGUGCUUAUGCAGUACGUGUUUGACAAAAUUUGCGGGUUACUUCAGGUAGGAUGUCUCAAUAACGAUUUUAGUCUUUUAGUUUGAUGUUGAAAUAUGUCUUUUGAUUGAUUGAUGGGGGUUUACCAGUCGGCAUUAUGCUCCUGCCAUCAUCCACGUUCAUGGUUACUUGAUUGUGAUGGGGUGGAGUAAUCUUCAAUUGGCAGACUUCUCCGAAUAUUAUUUCUCAUGAUUCUUUAUUGGCCAUUGGGGAAAAGUAUGUUACUUUCCAGUCCUGAUCCGAAGAACAGAUGAUUUUUUUUAGAUAGACUCUGCGGAUAUUCAAAAUGGAUUUAUUUUUUAGGUCCUUUAACUCAUGUUUCUUCUCUUUAUGCAUCUCCAAACAGUUUCUUUGUGUCGUGAAAACUGUCAGCAUCUUUCACUGGUUUGUCCAUUUUUCUAAAAGUAUCGAAUUUUAAUAUUAAAAUAUUAACAUUUUUUCUUCAAAAAAUUUAGAUUGUUAAGUGUCUUUUCUUAUUUCAUGGAGAGGUAAAUAGUCAUACAGCUUUGCACUUCAUUCAUGAAUGCGGAGCAACCAUUUUGAAGAAAGAUGUGCCAGUAAUGAUGCAGUUACGUUUCAUUUUUCCUCUUUUUCUUGAAAGCAUAGAUCUUUAUAUGGAUCCUAGAUUUGACAGUGUUCUUCCUGUCCAAUUUAUUUGGGAGAUUGACAUAAGGCAGUGGACCUGAGAGAAUCUUCUAAUUCUUAACCUUUGAUUCUGUUCUCUUAUUUGCACACUUACCAAAAACCUGGAUCAAUACUCUAUUGCGGCAAGCUUUAAAAAGAUGAACGUAUGUCAUGGUUAUUAUCUCGGAUAUACGUCAUGGUAGUGAAGCCAUGUAUGUGCUGAAGUAGACGGGAGACAUUAAUGGCGGUAAAUUUUCUUUUUUUAGAGCCUAUAUUCUGUCAAGUAAUAAAAUAUGUGAAAUUUGAUUUCUUUUAUUCCUUGAAAAUUUAGUAAUCGUUGCUUGACAUUUCGUAGCAUAUUGUGUUAACACUCGCCUGUCAUUCUCCUGUGCAUUUUCUCAGGGAACCGCUAGGUUGAUGUAUAAUUCAUUUGGCUCGUCUUUAUGGUUGUUGCCAUUUUCCAAGUACUGUAGAGCUGAUAAUUCGUAUUGGAAGCAUUUCUUUGAUGGGAAGGAUGGUCAUCAUCACACACAGUACUGUGAUGGCAAAGAAUUUCAAUCGAACUACUCUGCUUGGCCAGUAGAUAUCGUAAAUAUUGAAGUUCCUUUUGUUCGAGGUACCGAAGCCUUUCCGUCAAUAUCAGAAGUAACACAAGAGGUCAUUUCUAAUAUGGAAUGCAGCCGUCCUGUUCAAAUGGCCUUUUCUGUUAGAGAGGUAGCAGACGGUAGUUUCUUCAAAGCAAUAGAGGUUUAUGAUCCAGAUAGCGAACGGCUGUUAUAUCAACUAAAAAAGUAAGUGGGAUAACAAAGAAAAUUGCUUCAGUAAAUUUCCCUAGAUUUUUUAUUUUUAGCAUUUAAUUAUGAUUUCUAUUCAAAAAUUUUUAUUUUUGGAUCCUAAAUCUUUUCUGGUGGUUUUUGUGUAUUUUUCUUCUUACACUUUUCCUCAUCAUGCUUGCUUCUGUAAAACCUUUCAAUUUUUAUUUUGUUGGUCUUUAAAACACUUUCCGCUUCUCUAUAAAAAUUCUGAAAAAAUCGGUGGAAAUUUCUUAUCCGGGCUCUCCUUGUGCUAAUUAUAUUCGUCGUGAUAUGUCACAUUGAAUUUGAGUCGGAGUGUCGUGCUUUAUAUAUUGUCUGAAGGAAACAACGUUUUAGCCUUUUACCUUAUCUGCAGACCGCAAUUCGUAUAUUGUUUUUUGUAUGUUCGUUAAAUUUUUCAUAAAAAUAUAGAUAUUAUCAAGGGGAUCCAGUGCUCAAUCCUCUUACACCUUGGGAUAGACCUCCUCUGAAGAACAUUUUCUGCAUAUACGGAAUAGGCUCAAAGACCGAGGUAUGUGCUCUUCAGAACGUAAUUCUUUUUGAUGUGACCAAUACAUGAUUUAAGGUCAGCGAAACAUUACACCAAUAGCUGCGAAAUUUUCUAUUGCCUCAUUUUUUGAGGGCUAGAGGGUGGGAAAUAAAUGUAUUGAUGCAUCAUUAUUAUGCUGUUGAUUGGCAUUAGUCUAUAUAAUCAUAAAUGGUGACGUUGGUGAUUUUCAGUUAAUUAAGCACACAAUGAACCGAAGGAUAUAUUUGACCUUGACUUUAUCCUUGUUUCGUAUGAAAUAAAAGAACCAGAGCUGGAUCUGGGGGUAAGUGGCCGCUGGAGGUAUAGUGGCUUGUGCUGUGCCGUCAUUUCGGGUUCCUGGCCGGUUUCAUCACUAGUCAAAUGGCGAACUAGACCUUGAAUCAACUAGGUUAUCAUUAGCACAAAGUGAAAAACUUGAAAGCUAGGGUACCAUUUAUUUGAAAUCCGCCCCUAUUAAUGGUUAUGGAAAUAAAUAAAUAAAAUAACACCUUCAGCAAGCUGGUAACUCGAUUUGGUAAUUAAGGUUCGUUUAUUAGAUGAUCAUAAAAGAAACUUUAUCGGUUUCCUUGUUAGCAUUGUUGAUUCAUUAUUUAUAAUUAAAAUUUAUGUCACACAUCAGAGGAGAUAUAUGUGUAAUACGCAGGAAUUGACUUGUGUUUAUUUAUUUGUUCUCUCUCUCUAUAUAUAUAUACAUAUAUAUACGUAAAUGUAUUUUCAUGUUAUUCUUAGUUUUUUCAUUUCAUUUUAGUUUAUGAUGAAUAAAUUGGACCAAAUUUGAAGUUUCGUAAAUAGCAUAGUUCCUUUGAACUCCUCUGAUUACUGAUGGUGAUGACACUCGGUUGAAAUAGGUUGGCUAUUAUUUCGCCCCAAGUGGCAAGCCGUAUCCUGAUAACUGGAUCAUAACUGACAUCAUUUAUGAACAAGAAGGGACACUGUUUUCCAGGCAGGUGUUGUUGUCGCUGAACUCAUAUUUUUUAUUCUUAAGUUAAUAUUUUGAGCGUAGUUAAGUGGUCUUGAAAUAGAAAUAUAAAUGAUCAUUCUUUUCCCCAUUCAUGCCAGAUUCUGUUUAGUGUAACUGUUGAGGCACACUAUUAACCCUGAGCAUGUGCCUUGUUUAAUGGUCGAUAAGGAUGUGAUAAUUCAAAACUCUUCAAUGUUCCGUUUUAUAUAUAUAUAUAUAAAUAAGUUAAAUCCAAGUUGGCAUUAUCCACUUUCCCUUAAUCAGUUGAUUCAUCUGAUCCAAUUCAAGUUAAAUUGGGAUUAGGCCCAGACCGCGCAGCCAAUUCAAUUCUUCGGUCCAUGAAAUGGAAUCCUUUAUGUACUGUGGACAUCCCAUGCCACCUGUGUCUAUGUUGAAUUAUGAGAAUGUAGAUCCUUAUCUCUUUUCACUCCCCUUUGUUCCUGGCUACAAUUUUGGUUAGGCUUUGGGAACGAUUAGCCUCAGGCUCCGAGUUUUCACUCUUGUGGUGCGAUCCAAAAUAGCUGAGAGCUGAGCUCAAUGCUCACUUUUGACCAGGUAUACUACCGUGGCGCAACCGUAUUUGACAAUACCGCUAAACAUGUGAAGUGAUUUUUAGAAGGGUUUAGAAGUAAAGGAUGAUCAUUGGGGAAAUGUGACAGCAAUAUGAGAUGUGUAUUGAAAUCAUUUCUAUCUGUCGGAUUUAUCUAAGAGUCAUGAAAUGGUGUGUUUCAAUGAGGUAUAUGAUAAUAUUCCUUUCAGUGAUGUUAAUUUAAGAGAAAGUGGAUAUAAUUUUCUAUGGGAUUAGUUCAAUUAAAACGGCUAAAGCUUUGUGGAAACGGGUUUUAUCUCUGACCAAUUUUUUCGUUGGAUAAUUUAGGAUGAAAGUCCUCUUGACGACGCUCUUCUGGCAUGCCGGCUAAUCCAUGACAUGAUCAUUUUUAGAAAUUCAGUACUCUUAAUCGAGCAUUUUAUGAUUUCAUAUAUUCAUUUUCUCUUCAGAUUUUCUUGAUUUCUUCCAUUGGGAUGGUUCGAAGUUUAGGGAAUAUAAUGAGGAUUUGCACAUGUUUUGCGAAACAUUUAUAUAACCGAUCAAUAUAUUUGAUGGUGAUCGUUAUCUUCUACUAAAGCUUGAAAUCCCCACUUUCCGCUGCGCUCAUUAUGAAUGAUAAAAUUAUAAACAUUUUUUUAGGAAAAAAUAAGUCUACAAAUCCUGACAGAGUUACCUUACAUUGUUUUUCAGAUCAGGAAACUCAGUCAGCGGAAAUCAAGGAGUAACAAGUGGAGAUGAAACGGUAUGUUUAAGCAAGAGAUUUAAAGCUCUCUGGCAUAUUAAUAGAUGUGGAAAAUUUUCCUUGCAUCAGGUACCUUAUAAUUCUCUCUCAUGGUGCAAAACCUGGCUUGGAACCAAAGUAAACAUUACAAGAGCUCCUCAGGUUCUCUUUCAAUUCACUAACUCUUAUUUAUGACAGAAGUUAAAGUGCCUUUCGUGCAAAAAUAAUGAUGAUAUUCAAUGAAUCGAAAUCAUACGGAGAGCUUUUUAUGAGUGUACUGGCUUUAUGAUGAUUAACUCAUCUCCUAUCCCAGGCUUUGUACCUACAAUAUGAAUGUUCUCGGCUCCCCAUUAGCUGGUCUCUGCCGAGGAUGAGGGUAUAUAUUUAUUAUUAAGAUGGAUAACUAAGUGGUGCCCUGGCAUCCGGUGUCAUUUUUGGUGUUGGGUGUCUCGAUGUGAUGACAGCCCUGUCAUCAGGCCUGCUAGUUCGAGUUAUCUAUACGUCCAUUCCUUUAUCUUGGAAACCCGUAGCCUUGCAGUGUCACUACGUCAGAAACUCCUUGUCCCUACUCCUCUCGUGAUUCUCUCGUCCUAUGCAAUUUGGCAUUCCCCCUUUGUGGCUUCACUCACCCCCAGGCGUCCAGCAGCACCAGCUGUUGGAUGACUGCUGCAAGUAACCCUACCCUCUCUCGUCUAAUGGCAGCCGCUCACUUAUUUGCCACAGUACCUUUGUUGUUCAUGAGGUCAUCCUAUCCUUCAGUCAUACUUCUCGUUCUUUCUCUUCCUUCUUCCUACUGGUUCAGUUACCGCGUCAUGCUGGGAAAGCAUUCAAACGAAAGUAACCAGCAAUGCAUCUGUAGUCACUGUUCGCGCUAGAAACCUUCUUGGCUUUAUACUGCAGCUUGCCCUGCCAAUUAGAUAAGUACUGCGUGCAAUAGACAUCAUCAGUAUAUAAAUACCCUGAGGUAAUAUUUCGUUCUAUAUGAUUAUUUUGCAAAUAUAACCCAAUUUGAUUUGUAAAUUUCUUAUCCUAAAACAGGCUCUUCUUUCGAAUGGACUUCUUGUUCUGGUAUCAUUUACCAUAAAUCCCAUGCCUGAUUAUCAUUCGCAAGCAUAAGCAAGCUCUUGUUCUCAAAUCAGAGAUAAGUCAUAUUUUCAGAAAUCACAAAAAAUCUCUUAGACAAUAGACUACCAUGCAAAAUUCUGAAGGAGCAAACGUAUACCAUGUAAUGUCGAUUCCAGGAAAGUUGGUUGUCUAAUCAACCCAUGUACCAUGUAAUGUGAUGCGGCUAUGCCAUCAAGUAUUCCCACUUUUCAGGUUGUCACUUCUUAUGUAUCAAGUUGAAAAUAUAUACCACUAAAUAUACAACAAAUAGGUGAUUAUCUUUGUUUUGCUAUCUUUCCCUGUUUCCUUGUUAUCUAAUGGCUAAACUCUGUUGACUUUUUCCAUCCAAUAUAGCACGUAUCCUUCAAACGUUGAGUAGAUUCGUCGUUGUAAUCGAAAGAAUAUUGAUGUAGCAUACUCCAUUAUUUAUUUUUUAUCUGUAUCUUCGUUUUUAUUUGUUUACCUGCUGCGAAAAAUCUGCAGUCAGAACAUGAUGGGUCUGACGUUCAGACGAUCCUAAAUGCUGAUCAUCACAAGGGGGAAGAUGUCAUUCCAAAUAUGAACAGGACUCCUCAUGUUAAGUAUAUUACAUACUACGAGGAUGCUGAAAGCAUUAAAGGAAAGAGAACGGCUGUUUGGGAGCUUGAUAAAGGUAAACAAGUUUUUUAGACAGCCAAGGUAUCCAAUUAUGUUUCAUAAAUUCUUAGCCUCUAGAUUUGGAAGUGAUGAAAUUCUCUCGUUCAUAAUCAUUUUCAAUACCCAUUCACCAACAACAUUUUUUUUUUCUUUUUGGAUUUUUUUUGUCGAGAAAAUGAAAUAUUUUAGGGUUUAUUAAAUGGUAUGCUGUCGUCAUCUGUUCAAUCUAUAAUGAUUACUUUGGCAAUCUUCUUUGCAAACAGUAAAAUAGUUUUCGCCACAUUUUCCGUGGUUUCACAUGGAUAGGUGUCUAGGUAGUAUUGUAAAAUAUACACAUAAUGAUAUCACACAGGAGAUAGGGAGGAUUGAAAAUAUCCAUUCAAAAGAUCAUCUACUUGAAUCCUCUUUUAACAAAAUUGAGAACAUACCCUUGGAAUUUACUAGAUUUUCAGACCCGAAACCCCUGAUGCAUAAUAUUUUCCACAAUAUCUCGACAUAUAAUUUUGUUCCAGAACUGUUUCUUAAUAUAAUAUAAACUCUGUUAAUUAACGUCCUGGGAAUGCAUUCCAAUGCUCCUUUCAGUUAUUCAGCAUAGUUUCAGAAUUAAUUUCGCUCCUUAUAUAUAAAAAAAAUCGGUUAAUAUUUGCAUAUUUAAACAAAAUGUGUCUCUAAUGCUUUCGGAGGUUUAUAAUUGGGGCAUAUGAUAAAUGAAGAGAGUGGAAGUAACUGCUUGUUUUUUUAUUUGGAGCAAAUGCAAGGAAAAUAAUGAAGAGCAGGAACUUAGAUCAUGAGCUAAUACUCAAUUAUCUGGUGCUAAAUGAGAGGUAUACUCCCAUCAUUUACUGAGAGAAAUGAUGGGUAAAUCUUCUCUGCAAAUUCACACUUUCUCACUUAUAAAUCUUCAUAUUUUUAAGAACAAAAGCACCACAAGUGAGCUCUUUCACUAGACGCUCUUCUGCCACCACUGACUGAUACAGGAGCUAUUAUGGGCGGAGGGACCAAUCGGCACGGAUUGGUUGCCAGGGUGUGUGGUGAAGGCCAUCAGUAGUAGUGCUGGUCAAUGACCUUUUGCCUAGCCUAGAACCGGCAGAGACUAAAAGCCAGCGGCAGGAUGUUCGAAGGCUUCCUGCCAAUCCGUGCCGAUUGCCUCCUUUUCAGCCAAUUCAAGACAGAACCAGCAUCAAAUCCAACCUCAUUCCUUGCACAAAUCAUGAACCCAUCUCAGUAAAUGUGUGGCGUGAUCAAGCGGGGAACUGGAUACGAGAAGACCCCAGAAUACACCCAGAUGAAUAUAAUCGAAUACUUCUCGCGGAUUUACAUGCUAGUGUGUGAUUAUUUGGCUAGGGCAGCACUGACGCCCUGCGCCUCUUCUUCUCAUGGACAGCGAACCACAGGAAUAUCGUCAGAUCACCGGUUCUAAUGCGAGAGCUGUGGCUCCAAAUGUGGCACGACAUUCAACCCGACGCAAGGUCCAAGUUCGUCACCAAAGGUGAAGUCUCCACCCGCUCCUUUCACUCCUGCUUCGCGCUAGUGUGUGUACCUUCAUGGUCGGUAGGCUAAGAUCCAUCUCAGCAGCCAGACGCGGGCCCCUGAGAGACGUGGACUGCUACUGGGACUACGGAAAAGCCCGCUGCGCCUGGCCCGAACACUGCGAGUACAGGUAGACGAUGCAGAACACCCUCCGCUCUAUUUCUUUCCUUGUUCUGAGGAUCCGACGGCUGAAUGCGGAAACCCUGAUGGUGCCCCAGGUACGUCUUCGGAGACGUCCAUCUCGGGCAGAGCUGCAGGUUGAAGAACGCCUCCCGCGAGCUCCUCCUGCAUUACCUGGAAUGA